AUGUUUUCAUUUAUUGCGCUAUCUUUUUUUAUCAUGGGCUUUAUGGAAUCAGAACAAUCCUUAAGGAAAAAGCGAGAGGUGGACCCUGAGAUAUUCAUGAAUAUUAGUGAAGUUAUCCAGUACCAAGGCUACCCUAAUGAAGAGUAUGAAAUCCUUACCGAUGAUGGCUAUUUUCUCCCAAUCAACAGAAUUCCACACGGCAGGAAAAAAAUAGAGAUGACAGCUUCAAAGACUGUUGUGUUAGUUAUGCCUGGUUUACUUACAAAUGGUGGAUCCUGGGUAGCUAAUAUGCCCAACGACAGCCUGGGUUUUGUACUAGCAGAUGCUGGCUUUGAUGUCUGGCUGGGAAAUAAUAGAGGAUGCAGAUGGUGUAAAAGACACCAGAAUUUUUCAAUAGACAAAGAGCAGUUUUGGGAUUUCAGCUUUCAUGAAAUGGCGAUGAAUGACCUCCCAGCCAUUAUAAAUUUUGUUCUAUCUAAAACUGGACAGAAAAAGAUAUUUUACAUUGGCCAUUCUCAGGGCGCCACUAUAGCUUUCAUUGCAUUUUCAGAAAUCCCUCAGUUGGCUCAAAAAAUCAAAAUACUUUUUGCAUUUGGUCCUGUAGCUUCCCUGAAUCAUAGCAAAUCUCCAUAUACUAAAAUUGCAUUUUUAGCUGACAAUGCAAGAAAGACUAUCUUUGGUAAGAAAGAAUUUUGUGUUCUACAUGAUAACACGCGGACAUUCUUUGCUAAAACGUGUGACAAGGACUUCUGGAGAAACACUUGUGCCAAGAUCCUUUUUUCAGCAGGUGGAAUUAGUAAAAAUAAUGUGAACAUGAGUCGCAUGGAUGUCUUUGCAUCACAUUUACCAGGCUGCACAUCUACCAAAAAUCUUUUACACUGGGCACAGAUAAAGACAAGUGGAAUAUUCAAGUCUUUUGAUUAUGGUUCUGAGAAUAUCAUGAAAUAUAGUCAGGUUGCCCCUCCUGCAUACAACAUUCAAGAAAUGGCUGUACCAAUUGCAAUAUGGAGUGGUGAACGUGACAUAAUGGCCUCACUAAAGGAUACUAAACAGUUACUACCUCUUCUUCAGAAUCUCAUAUACUACAAAGAAAUCCCUCAUUGGAUGCAUUAUGAUUUUCUUUUCGGGCUUGAUGCACGUCAAGAAGUAUAUGAUGAAAUAGUUGAAAUCAUUCAGAAUUUUCCCUAA